AUCCCAGCUGUGUCUAUGAGUGAUGCAUCCAUGGGAAUCCCUCCUCUUCUCAGCCAUGGAGCAGUGACCUCUGACCCUGAAUUGAGAAGAGGAAUUGUGAGCCGAUCAUUGAAGCCCCUUCUGACUCGUUUUGUCUCCUACUGUCAGAAUGUCUUCAGGAAGAACAACAGCAAAACAGCCCUGCAGAGUAUCAAAGACCAGCACAAAACCAGCAUGAAGAAAAGGUAUGAGAGCCUAUUUGAGGAAAUCAAGCUAGAAGGGAAUCGAACCCUCCUGAACAGGAUCUACACACAGCUCUACAUCAUAGAGGGGGAAAGUGAAGGAGUAAAUGAAGAACAUGAGGUUUUACAGAUACAGAAAACACCCAGAACACAAGACACUCCAAUCUACUGCAAUGACAUCUUUAAACCCUCACAUCAACCAGGAUAUCAGGAAAAAGACACAAUCAAGACUGUUCUUACUAAAGGCAUCGCUGGAAUUGGAAAAACUGUCUCUGUGCAGAAGUUCAUUCUGGACUGGGCAGAAGGAAAUGCAUGUCAGGAUGUAGAUUUCUUGUUUGUGCUUCCAUUUCGAGAACUGAACUUGAUUAAAGAUCAUCAGUACAGUCUUCACAGAUUCCUGCUGAACUUUCAUCCUGAACUUCACGAUCUGGACUCAAAGAUUUAUGAGGAGUGUAAAGUUGUUUUCAUCUUUGAUGGUCUGGAUGAAAGCAGAAUUACACUGAUGUUUUCAGAGGAUGAGAAAGUUUGUAAUGUGAAUGAGUCUUCAUCAGUGGGUGUGUUGAUGUCAAACCUCAUCAGAGGAGAGCUUCUUCCCUCUGCUCUCAUCUGGAUCACCUCCAGACCAGCAGCAGCCAAUCAGAUCCCCUCAAAAUACUUCAACCGUGUGACAGAAAUUCAGGGGUUCAGUGAUCUUCAGAAGGAGGAAUAUUUCAGGAAGAGAAUCAGUGAUGAGCAUCAAGCCAGCAGAAUCAUUUCACAUAUUAGAAGAUCAAGAAGCCUCCACAUCAUGUGUCACAUCCCCGUCUUCUGCUGGAUCUCAGCCACUGUGCUUCAAAACCUCCUGAAACAGGAUGACAGUGCAGAAAUCCCUCAAUCUCUGACUGAAAUGUACAUCCACUUCCUGCUGACUCAGAUUAACAACAGGAAUAAGAAGUAUGAUGGGAGAGAUCCAGAGAAUCUCCUGAGGUAUAACAGAGAUGUGAUUGUGAAACUUGCUGAACUGGCUUUCAGACAGCUGAUGAAGGGCAAUGUGAUGUUCUAUGAGGAGGACCUGAUUGAGAGCGGCAUAGAUGUCACUGACGCCUCAGUGUAUUCUGGGAUUUGCACUGAGAUCUUUAAGGAGGAAUCUGUGAUCCAUCAGAAGAAAGUCUACUGCUUCAUUCAUUUGAGCUUUCAGGAGUUUCUAGCAGCUUUCUUUUUGUUUCACUCCCAUGUAGUCAAGAAUGAGGAAUCAGUGAAGUCGUUUCUGAAUGACGAAUAUCAGCGUUACAGUUUGGAAAACUCAUAUGAGCUACUAAAAUCAACAGUUAAUAAAUCCUUAAAGAGUAAAAAUGGACACCUGGAUCUUUUCCUGCGGUUCCUACUGGGCGUCUCACUGGAGUCCAAUCAGAGACUCUUACAAGAUCUACUGACACGCACAGUGAACAGCUUAGAGACCAUCAAUAAUAUCACACAGCACAUUAAAGACAGAAUCAAGGGUGAUGAACAUCUCUCAGCUGACAGAUGCAUCAGUCUGUUUCUCUGUCUGCUGGAAAUGAAGGAUCAGACUCUGUACAGAGAGAUUCAGGAGUUUGUGAAAUCAGAGACUUGCUCAAUCAAUUGACUUUCUCCAUCUCACUGCUCAACAAUCGCCUACAUGCUUCAGAUAUCAGAGGAGGUGCUGGAUGAGUUUGAUCUGAAGAAAUACAACACAUCAGAUGAGGGUAGAAGGAGACUGAUACCAGCUGUGGUGAACUGCAGAAAAGCUCUGUGAGUAUUAAUUUAUGUGAUUGGAGAUAAAAAUGAAUGUGUUUGUAUUGUUGAGACACGGUAA